AUGAAGGCUACUUUGCUAUCUUCAUACCUCUCUGCUGCGAUUUUGCUUGGGCUGUUAGGCUCAAGCUCUGCCGCAGUUGUUCCUCGCUCAGAUGACACCACCAUUGCCAAUUUCGGGAGAAUAGGAAUCUGUCUCUCGUACCUCGGACCCGGAAACCUGGUGAAGGAGCUCGCCCCGUGUAAAAUCUGGUGUCCGACGCAGAAUCCGGGAUCGGACCCGAAUGCAGUCGGCUGCAAAGGCCCGGACAUUCCCGAGGACAAAUUAGAUCCCAGCACGAUCGACGAAGACGACGACGGGAACAGAUUUACCCCGGGCGAGUGCAUCUGCGACCUGUCAGCAGCGACAGCGUUCCUCAACGUCGUGAUCGAGGGGCUUUCGGAGCUGGACAACGUGAUAUGCGCCGUAGUCCUGACGGCCAUCACGACGCUUGUCGAGCUGGGCCUCGACGCCCUGCCGGGGGGCGCGUCUCUGACCGCGGCGCGGAGGGCCGUCGAAGGCGCCAAGACGUUCGUCGAGAACGGGCUCGAGGCCGCCUCGUUCUUCGGGGACUGGAUCGGGAGCACCUGCGGCAUCUCCGACUUCAACUUCAGCUUGGAAGACACCUUCUUGGGCUUGAGCGAAGCCCCGGACGAGCUGGGCGUGAGCAAGGGUUGCCUUAGGCAAAACAAGAUUUGCCUGAAGUCUUGA